GCACGAACGUCUACACGAGGAACGUAAAAAUUAAGCGAAAUUAAGCAAGUACGGAAUUCGGUGGAGCCACAUCAUGCACCGAAUUCUGUAGCACCCAAGGACACAUCCACUAUCUACCAUGCGGACCUACCCUAAUGGUGAGCAGGCGAGAGGGCCACAUUCUUCUCAGAGAUGACAACUCCAUCAGUCGCCAGCAUGCUUCCAUCACUGUGACGCAUUCUCUGUCAGACUUGAAAAAUAUCACAGCACUCCCAAAGGUGACUCUUAGUGAACUAGGGUCUAAGUAUGGCACCUUUGUCAACGAGGGCAUUGAAAAAAAUUGCAAACUAGCAAAUAAAAGCACAACAGAGCUGAAGGACGGUGACAGAAUAAGGUUUGGGAUGCUCGCAAACGUAUGGCGGCUGGGCUACAAGCCUCUGGUGGUGACAGCAUCCACCUUGAAGCCAGAGCACAAGAAGGGCCUGGCAGAUGACUUGCUCAAGCUUGGGGGUCACUUGGUCAGUGAGUGGAACCCGGCGUGUUCGUACCUGGUUAUGAACAACAUCACACUCACAGUCAAGGUUGUGUGCGCCCUGGCAGGAGCGCGGCCUAUAGUAACCCCAGAGUUCUUCACUAAGUGGGCAGAAGCUGUCGUGAAGAAGGAGCCUCUCCCCAAUGCCAGUGACUUCUUGCCCCCUUUACAGGAAUUAAGCCUAGACAAAUCUAAAGUCGAUUUUUCCCCAAUGGAGGCAAGGAAAAGUGUGCUACAGGGUCGUACACUUCUGUUUUCCUCAGCCAAGCAGAUCAGUCGGAUGGGCCCAGCAGUCGAGCUGGCAGGAGGCAAAGCUGAGGACCUGACAGCGGAAAACUUUGUACACAUAACCAGGGACAACUACCUUGUGAUCCAGCAACCCCCAGACAAGAACCAGAUGUCACAGAGUAACAGCCUGCUUACGGAAGCAAGAAAGACUCUUAAAGAGAAGGGUCUGCGUGUGAUACCAGAGUCUGACAUUGGUCUGGCUAUCCUCUACAUGAACACAGAAGGCCACUGCAAUCCAGCUUUCAAGGUCAAUAACAUCCUGCGAAAACAUGGAUCCACGUCGCAGAUGACAGAGGGACUCCAAAUAUAUGCCACAGAAACCCAGAACUCUGAGAUGUCCUUGUCGUUGACUGGAUCCCGCGUCAUCCCCGAGACAGGCGAAUCGUCAAAGAAAACCCCCAGUUCUAGCCGAGGAGGAGGAGCUGCCCCUCCUUCUUUCCCGAGCUCCUUCCCCCUCCCCCCCUCGGCAAAUAGCAUCUCCAUGGUCUCUCCCAAAGACGUGGACAUCACUCAGAACAGCACGGAGAACAAGGAGAACCUGGCUAAUAAUCAGAAGAAGAGGCCCAGAACAGGCAGCGCGGAUGCUAUGUCUCCACCCACCAAGCUCUCAAAUAGGUCACAUGUCGCGAGCUUGCAGCCUCCCUCCGAGCCACCCGAACCGACACAGCCAAUGGAAGAACAGGAAGAUAGUCAGGAAUCUGAAAUGGCCUUGUCGAGGUUUGAUCCCAAGCACCAUAGCACACAGCGAGAACCCCCGACCUCAACAGUUGCAGCACCCAGCACUGCUCAGAAGCUGGAGAGUCGAGCGGGAAAUAGCACAGUGCCUGCUAGUUCAGGGCAGUCAGUCGAACCGACAGCGGAGCGAUCAAUCCCAUUUGAGCCAUACACACUUCCCAGCCUAAAGACGGAAGCCCUCAACCAGGAGGAGGUGCUCACUCAGCCUUUCCACCCCAUCAAAGACGAGCCUGCAAGUUGCCCUGUUGAGGAGGAAGAUGUCAUUCUGGACGAGACGGAUUAUCGCAGGGAAAAGAGGCCGAUUGAUGAAAUUGAUUUAACUGAUGAAAAUGAAACGCAUGUCUGGCAAAGUGCAAAGCGAACAAAAGUAGCAGAGGCCAUUGGCAAAAGGCCAGUAAAGAGAGAAAGAAGCCCACCGGACACAAGCGAACCUCAAGCACGGAAGGCCAUUAAGCAGGAGCCAGAGCCUGAUGAAGAUCUCUUCGCGCUCCCGGGUGGAAAUGCAAGAAUCAGGCGCAGAGCUGAUGCAGCGAAGGCCCCAACAGGAAGCCAGGUCACAGCUGUCAGCAAGAUUGAGAGCUCAGAUGGUGACGAGGACCCGUUUGCUCUGCCCACUUCGUCCAGGGCUCAGCGGAGGAGACAGCAGCAGCAGGAGGUGGUGCUGAAAGUGGAGGAGAGGCAGCCGGAGUCGUCUGCACCUGCUGAACAUGCACAGACUAAUGGCAUUCCUUCGAACUCACCAAAGAGCUCCGCGUCAGUGAUAACAAGCAGCCAGGAAAAUUUCCUCUCAAAGACUAAUAGCAACGUGAAGCAGGAACCUGGCCAAGGGUCAUCUAACUCUGUAGCGGACCUGACUGCAGAAGUUGAGAGAUCAUUGCUCAUCGUUGAAGUGACAAGCCUAAUCAAGAGGCAGAGCUUUAACAGCACAACCAAUAUCCAAAACACUACAGUAUCUGGGAUGCCAAAUUUCAAACGUUUUAAAAAGAGUCUCAGCGAGAUUUCUGUCUUGCCGAGAAUCAUCGGAGGACGGGACCUUGUGCCACAUGACCAGUCCGUGAACAGUCUUCGCGAGGAGUGGCUGAAACAGCAGGAAGAGACCGUACGUAGGCAUGAGGAACGAAACAUAAUAAAUGAGGAGGAUGAGGAACUCUUCGCCCUCCCUACCAACCCGUGGAGUCGGAUUAGAACGAGGAGAUAGGCAGUAGCGGAGGAGGCUUUAGGGUCGGCGAUUUAAGCAACAGGGAAUUACAGUAAAUUCUAGUUUUGUUUUUUCUUUUUCUUCCCCUUUUGAAAAUGUUGUAUAUUUUUGUUGUUAGGUCUUCCGGAUUAUUUUCUUUUUUCUUUCACUCCCUUUUCUUUUGUUUUAUCCUUCUUUCCCUCAAAAGAUCCACCAUUUUCCAACUGGCAAAUGAUGAAGUAUUAUCUUGUUGAAAAUUUUUACAAGAAUCUACAGCUGCUAACAUCCCAGAAAGUGAGAAAGCACAAAAGACGGUUAUUCAUAUGCUACAUAGCUGCUAUAAAAUUUUCUUGCAGGUGGGGGAAAAAAAAGGAAAGAAAAAAAUAUAAGCUUUUUUUUAUAUCAUAAUACAUAACUUUCAUUCAAAAAUUUCAGCUUAGUUUCAUCAUGAGUUGUUAUUACAUUGUCCUUUAUGUUUCUUCAACUGAAAAAUCCAAAUUUCUUUAAAAUACAUUAUUUUCAUACACAUAUCUUUAGUUUCUUCUUUUCUUUUGUUGUUUUUUUUUUUUUUUUCUCUUUCCUUUCUAUUCUCAUCAAGAUUGUUAUUUUUUCCAUUUUCGCGGAAUGGUAGAAACUACGGAAUUCCUUCAUGCAUUUAGUUCAUUAAAUUAUGCUGCAUCAAAUUAAGAUGUUUUUGUUAUAUAUUUACAAAGAGUAUAGCUUUUUUUGUAUGAUUUAGGGAACUUAAAUGUUGCUCUGCAUUGUUCCAUUACUGAAAGGUGAUUAUAUAUUUUUCGUUCACUCAUUAUCAAUUUCUCAGAUUUUAUAUUAGGUGCUCCAUAUUGUGUAUGGUGUUAAGCAAAAAUUUUAUGUAAUUAAAAACUGUAAAACAUUACAAUAUGUAUCACUGUAAUGUCUAUGGAAUAUUAUCAGAAUAAACAGUGUCGUAA